AAGCGUUUGGCACAGGAAGUGAGGGGUCUGAGACUGGAAGUACGGCAUUUGGGACAGGUGAAAAAUGGGACAAUUUCCAUGGUGCUUCAGGUGACUUCUUGCCAUCCUGGUUACCAUGACACCUAGCAGAGGAUUGUGGGACUGAAGUGGGAAUUCCUCCCCUCCCCCACAAAAAAAAUCACCUGAUGGCCACAACUGGAGCUUACCUGGUAUGCUGACGUCAUGGGGAGCUGCUGUAGCUACUUGUGCAGAGACAGCAUCCCGGACAACCACCCCACCAAGUUUAAGGUAACAAACGUGGACGAUGAGGGGAACGAGCUGGGAUCUGGGAUCAUGGAGCUGACGCAGACGGAGCUCAUCUUGCACACUCGGAAGCGUGAUGCUGUCAGGUGGCCCUACCUCUGCCUGCGCCGCUAUGGCUAUGACUCCAGCCUCUUCUCCUUUGAGAGUGGGCGCCGCUGCCAGACCGGACAGGGGAUCUUUGCCUUCAAGUGUUCCAGAGCAGAGGAGAUCUUUAACCUGCUGCAAGACCUGAUGCAGUGUAACAGCAUCAACGUGGUGGAGGAGCCAGUCAUCAUCACUAGGAGCAGUCACCCUACUGAGCGUGAGCUGUCCCGAACCCCACGGACACCCAGCACUCUGGGGUACACUGUUCCAGGGUUCCCCAAUGGAUUUCACAGCUUCCCUGGGGAAGCCCCAUCCUACUCCACAACCAGACACCCCUCCAUGAGCAGCUUGAGGCACUCCUCUGUUGGGGAGGACUCUACGCACGCCCUCAUCGGGGCUGAUGAGCAGUCCCACACGUACGUCAACACCACCAAUGGCGAGGGGGAGAUGAGAGGCCGGCACUGUAUGCACACCUUGCCUGAAGUCCAUCCUCCUUUCCCUCACAGGAACCACAGCUGCUCGCUGGAGGACCGAAACCCCCAAGUCUUCCUGCAGCCAGGGGAGGUGAAGUUUGUAUUGGGUCCUGCCCCUGGCUGCAGGCACAUGGUGAAAUGUGACAGCUGCUGCCGGCACCACCGGGAGUGCGGGGGACAUAUCUGUGCUCCCAACAACAACAACAAGUGUAAGGACAAGUACCCCAUGCCCAAGUGCAUGUAUGAAAACAUAAAUGGCCUGCUCCCCCCUGGGGGUGCCUCGCUCCGGCACAGCGGUCGCUUGAAACUCACCCGGGAAGACCUGGGCUUGAACAGCUGCUCUCACCGCAGGACAGCCCUGCUGCACUAUGAAAACCUGCCAUCACUGCCUCCCGUGUGGGAGUGCCAGCCCCUGCGGCAGGAUGAGGAUGAUGAGGACUCUGGGGAUGCGCUGACCCCUUCCCCGAAUGGCUACCGCGAGCCUAGUGAAGAUGACCCCCUGCAGAACUACAUGAACUCGGAGAGCACUGUGCUGCAUGGCAGCCUACACCACGGCAACUUCCCGCAGCAGCUCCGCAACUGCACGCCCAGCAUCUUCAACUUCGACUUCCGCCGGCCCUGCCCGGAGCAGCAGAGGCAGCUCAAUUACAUCCAGGUGGAGCUGGAGGCUGACCCCCACAAAGGGUGCCAGAAACCCCAGGUCCCCUGCGCCCCGCUUCCUGCUACCCAUCCAGCCCGCAGGACGGACUCCUACGCGGUCAUUGACCUCAAAAAGACAGCAGCCAUGUCCAACUUGCAGAGGGCGCUGCCCAGAGAUGAUGGGACUUCGAGGAAAACGCGGCAUAACAGCACUGAUCUGCCUCUGUAAGGGGAACACCAAGUGCGAGCAUCGCAUUGUGGCUUUUGUUAUCUGCCCUUCAGCGUGACUUCCAUCCUCCAUUCCCCCUUGCUUCUCAUCCCUGUUGGCCAACACACCAUCCUUGGAUAGCCCCACGAAACAGACUUUAUUCUUGUAGUCUGUCUGUCUGUCUUUUGCUCUCUCUCCAUUCCUACCAAGUAUUUUGGUUUUCUGAGCCUUGCAGAGCGUUUGAAACCUUUCAGGGGUGCCAGCACACGAAUGGCAUCUGUAUGAGGGUAUAAACUCAACCAGGGGUCAUGUGUUGAUCAGGGCUACCUCUCCUACUUCCAUGAUACCCCAAAGAGACGUGCCAGUGCAAAAACAGGAGGGGAGGGCCUGAAUGUGAGUGAAGGUUGGGGUCAGGGAGCCCUCAGCUUGUUUUGUCAUGUUAAUUUAAUUUAUUUAUUUAUGUAUUUAUUUAUUUUUGUAGAGAUUCAGAAAUAUUUUUAAUUUGGUUUUAUUUGUUUGUUUAUUUUUCCAUGCUAAUUUAUUUAUUUAUUUAAUUUUGUAAAUCUCCUUUUGCCUCAAAGUUUAAAAAGUGCCAAGCCCGUAGCCACGUGCAAUGGAUCAGCCUGGCGUUCAACUUCGUUUCCUUGGCAGGGCUGGAGGGGUGAGAUGGUGGAAAGGAGGUGCUGUGUUGGACCCAGUUCUUGUGUUGAAAGGCACAGCUGCGAGGGGAAUACUCCAUGAACUGGAAUGCACUGUGCUGGAAGGGUGGGAGGGAGUGUAGAAAGCACGGAAGUGUGGGCUUGAUUGCAAGGCAGCCAAGCUUGGAGUCAUACUGAAGUGUUGCAGACUCCCACACGCUUGGAUGACUCCAUGUGAAAUAUUUGACUAGUGUUUUGGCUAAACAUAUGGCCCCUGUUUUUUGUUUUGUCAACUCAAUGGACUAAAUUGAGCUUUGGUAUAACACCAUGGCUUUGAUAUGGCUUUACCCAGUUAUGCCAGGGCUGAAUUUGAUCUGAAGCAUUCUGCUUCUUGUUGUCCAGGGAAUGUUCCAAUAUUGGCAUUGUGUGCAUGAGGUGGCAUGUAGCAAAGUUAAGCCAUUCUCUGGGCAUUGCAUUGCAUUCCUUGAUUCCACUCUGGCAUUUUGUAUGACACCUAAAAGAACUCUUGGUGUUGUUCUCAGUUUGGCCUUUUCACUUGCAAAGUCCCACAUCUUCCUCCCCCCAGACUCGAACAAUGUCCUCCAACGCUCUGGAGGCUGCCCUUCCACUGGCAACAAGAACCAUCCAAGCCUACAUCACUUUGAUGUCCUUGCUGCCAGCGUAUUAGUCUUGAGGCAUGACCUUCCAGGGCGAAAGGGGAAGCUGGAUCAUCCAGUUAUAAUUCAUUGCUGGGGUUCACCAGCAUAAUUUUUGGAUUCCAAGGUUUGUUCCAGUACUAGCAAACCACAUCUUUGCUGUAGUGAUGUCCUGGGAUUUGGUCUUUCUGGGAGCAAUGGCAAGGACUAUGGCAGCUGGUAAGUAAAGGUGAUGGAUAUACAUACAGCCUCUUUACUUUUAGAUUCAUAAAUCCCCCAUUUCUAGAACACAGAUUCCCCUCUUUGGGUUGUUGCUUGUUGCACAAAUUCCAGAUGCAUUGCAGACUUAAGCUUGAGGUUUCUUUGCAAGCCCUUGAGCUCCAGUCUUCCCUUCUCUCCAUCCACAGCCCUUACUUACGGUUUUUAUAGCAGGAAAAAACCCCAAAUAUAAUAUUUUUUUAUAUAUGAACUGACUGCAUUAAAAGGGAAACAGUCAGGUAAUAUAUGCCUUAGAUUCAGCUUUUUUGGUGGAGGAGCAGAGAGAGAGACAGCUGUCUAAAAAAUUAACCACUUAAGCAUUUUACUGGAAAUACUUCAGUGAAGAGGGGUUUCUUGUGAGCUGUGAAGACCCCGUCCCUUAUACCAUUAGCAAUUCAGAUGUCACGGCAUUUGGCAAUGCCCUGAGAAUGCCAAAUGGAAACAGCUUGUUUAGUUUCAUCACCAGAGCUGAGAGAAAUGGGAAACAACCAGGUCAAAAAGAGGUGAACCACUCUCAGUAUUCAUAGUUACUUGUGAAACAGGACCAGGUCCAUCUCGGAGCCUUCUCCAAAUGCCAUGCUAUGAGCAUGCAUGAGUUUGGCAUGUCAGUAGGCAUCGCAGAUGGACAG